AUGGCAUCGCUGGCAGCACGUAGCCCUGCCGCUGCCGCUGCAGGCCCCGGCGGGAGCAAUAGUGUCGUUACCAGUGGUGCCCCGCCCCCUCCAUCCUCUUCUUAUUCUCACUCUGCUGCUACGUCAACCUCCAAAAUUUCUUCCCGUCGAACAGCUCAGAUUGCUCGACACUUUUCCUCCUCAUCCUCACCCACAGGUCCCGUUUCAAAGCAGAAGCCCGACAUGGCCUCCAACUACACCGUCCGCAAGGUUGCGGCUCCCAACACCUUCGAGCACCGAGUCUACAUCGAGAAGGAUGGCCAGCCUGUUUCUCCUUUCCAUGAUAUUCCUCUCUAUGCCAACCAGGAGCAGACCAUCCUGAACAUGGUUGUCGAGAUUCCUCGAUGGACCAAUGCCAAGCUCGAGAUCUCCAAGGAGGAGCUCCUCAACCCCAUCAAGCAGGAUAUCAAGAAGGGCAAGCUUCGAUACGUCCGAAACUGCUUCCCCCACAAAGGUUACCUGUGGAACUACGGUGCCUUCCCCCAGACUUGGGAGGAUCCCAACUCCGUUCACCCUGAGACCAAGGCUAAGGGUGACAACGACCCUCUCGAUGUCUGCGAGAUCGGUGAGCUCGUUGGCUACACUGGUCAGGUCAAGCAGGUCAAGGUCCUCGGUGUCAUGGCUCUCCUCGACGAGGAGGAGACUGACUGGAAGGUCAUCGUCAUUGAUAUCAACGACCCUCUCGCCUCCAAGCUGAACGACGUCGAGGAUGUCGAGCGACACCUUCCCGGUCUCCUCCGUGCCACCAACGAGUGGUUCCGUAUCUACAAGAUUCCCGAUGGCAAGCCCGAGAACCAGUUUGCCUUCACUGGCGAGUGCAAGAACAAGAGCUACGCCCAUGAUGUCAUCCGCGAGUGUGCUGAGGCCUGGGAGCGUCUCAUCACUGGCAAGACCCCUGCUGGCGGUGUCUCCACCACCAACGUCACUGUCCAGAACUCUCCUUCUCGCGUCUCUCCUGACCAGCUCCCCCCUCUGCCUCCCAGCGAGGAUCUCCCCGCCGAGAAGAUCGAUGCUUCCAUCGACAAGUGGUUCUUCAUCAGCGGUGCCUCUGCUUAA